AAUUUUACAACUAUCGGCUUUUUAACAUCUAAAAAUUUUUUUUUUUUUUUUUUAGGCUUCGUAUGCAUCAUCUGAUAAUGAUGCCAUUAAAUCUAGUCUAGUCCACGUACGGCUUAUUAAUGUUACACUUGAACAUUAUAAAUAUGUAACUUUAGAUUCUUAGCUGAUCCAAUAGGUUACCAUCAGUUGCUCAUAAAUGUCUUUCUUCAAGUUAUUACCAACUUUUAGUGAUUUAAACUGAUGUAAAUUCAAUUGCUAGUUUUAUGACAUAACUAUGUCAUAAAAUUCAUGAAAUUCAAAAUUUUGCGACAAAAGAUCAAGCAAAAAAAUGACAAACUUGAACAGUAAAAAAUUUUUGACCGUGUUGAUUUUUUGAUUUCUAACGAAGGAAGGAAAAAAAUACUGAAAAUAUAAUCGACAUAGGAAUGCAAAGACGUGUGUGAUUUGUGAUUUAUUAAUACUAUACAUAUAUCAGAAUGGCACAACAAGUUCCUGAUUUAUCGAAUGCCAUUGUGGCCCAGGAUGAAAUGGGUAGACCGUUUAUUAUCGUCAGAGAUCAAGGUAAAAAGCAAAGAAAACAUGGUAUAGAAGCCACCAAAUCUCAUAUUUUAGCUGCUAGAUCAGUAGCAUCAAUUGUAAAGACAUCAUUGGGUCCAAGAGGGUUGGAUAAGAUAUUGAUUAGUCAAGAUGGUGAUAUCACCAUUACUAAUGAUGGUGCUACUAUUUUAACUCAAAUGGAUUUAGAUAAUGAAAUUGCUAAAUUAUUAGUUGAAUUAUCAAGAUCUCAAGAUGAUGAAAUUGGUGAUGGUACUACUGGUGUUGUUGUUAUUGCAGGUGCUUUAUUAGAUCAAGCCUUGGAACUUAUAGAGAAAGGGAUUCAUCCUAUUAAAAUUGCUAAUGGUUUUGAUGAAGCUUGUAAAAUUGCUGUUGAACAUUUAGAUUCAAUUGCUGAUACUAUUAGUAUAAGUAGUGAAUCAAAAGAUACCAAUCUUUUAAAAGCUGCCAAGACUUCAUUAGGUUCAAAAGUGGUUUCUAAAGCUCAUGAUCAUUUUGCUCAAAUGGCUGUUGAUGCAGUAUUAGCUGUAGCAGAUUUUGAAAGAAAAGAUGUUGAUUUUGAAUUAAUCAAAAUGGAAAAGAAAGUUGGUGGUCCAAUUGAAGAUUCUUCUUUAAUCAGAGGUGUGUUAUUAGAUAAAGAUUUCUCCCAUCCUCAAAUGCCAAAAAUUGUUAAAGAUUGUAAAAUAGCUAUAUUAACUUGUCCAUUUGAACCUCCAAAGCCAAAAACUAAACAUAAAUUAGAUAUUUCAACUGUUGAAGAAUUCAAAGUAUUACAAGAAUAUGAACAAAAGAAGUUUCAAGAAAUGAUAGAUUUAGUAAAAGCUUCAGGAGCUAAUGUUGUUGCUUGUCAAUGGGGUUUUGAUGAUGAAGCCAAUCAUUUACUUUUAGCAAAUGGUUUAAAUGCUAUCAGAUGGAUUGGUGGUUCUGAAUUAGAAUUAUUAGCCAUUGCUACUAAUGGUCGUAUUGUUCCAAGAUUCGAAGAUUUAACUGCUGAUAAAUUAGGUACUGCUGGUGUUAUAAGAGAAUUAGAAUUCGGUACUACUAGAGAUCGUAUGUUAGUCAUAGAAGAUUGUUCAAACACUAAAGCUGUUACGUGUUUCAUAAGAGGUUCCAAUGAAAUGAUUGCUGCUGAAGGUAUUAGAGCUUUACAUGAUUCUAUUUGUGUGGUACGUAAUUUAAUCAGAGAUAGUAGAGUUGUUUAUGGUGGUGGUGCAGCUGAAUUAACUUGUUCAUUAGCUGUGACAGAUGCUGCUGACAAACAAAAGGGGAUUGAUCAAUAUGCAUUCAGAGCUUUCGCUGCUGCCUUAGAUACCAUUCCAAUGACUUUAGCUGAAAACUCGGGUUUAGAUCCAAUUGAAACCUUAUCAGCAUUAAAAGCUAAACAAGUCAAUGAAAACUCUUCUCACCUUGGAGUUGAUUGUCUUGGAAAAGGUACCAAUGAUAUGAAAGAACUUUUUGUUAUAGAUCCAUUAAUUGGUAAAAAACAACAAUUAUUAUUAGCCACUCAAUUAACCAGGAUGAUCUUAAAGAUUAAUGAUGUUAUUAUUAGUGGUAAAGAUGAAUAUUAGGAUAAGUUUGUAUAUAUAUUUAUAAGUUUAAUAGAAGUUGACUUGAGUCGUGUACCAAUCACAAAAA